CAUCACUUCUCUCAUCGCAUGGCCACCAACCGCUCGACGAGCCCAGGAGGAGACACCGGUGCGGCACCAUACACCACUCCUCUGGUGUCCACGGGUUCCAUCGGCGUGCCUGCGUCCACCAUGCAGAGUGAGGAGGACCAUGUGCUGGAGACGCCCAUCACCUGUUCGACGUUGGGUCUCUACCCUGUAGUCAACUCCAUCCAGGUCAACAAGGUGCCCCUACAUGAGUUCGCUGUGUUCCCAGAAUGAUCUGCGACCUUUUUCUAUUCCACCUCCAUGACAGCAGUGUCCGCCUCAAACAAUUCAGGACUUGCUCUAGCUACGCCCACCAUGUGUUCAACCGAGUGCCCCGGAAAAUGAAACAAUGCAACAAGGGCCACACCCACUCCUACAACAACACCACUCGCAUCCUCGACCACAGCUGCUCCUGCUACGUUUGAGGUGAGCACGAAGGUCAGUUCAUUGGCUCUGGUGGAUGUACCCCUUUCGGCUCCUACACACACAGAGGUUACAGCCACCGAAAGGAUGUAUCCCUUGCUGAAUAUCACGCUUGGCAAGCUAGCUCCUACCAAAUGUUUGACAGAGUGCUGUGAAGUCGGCACCCACACCAUGAUGCUCGGCGACACCCAGUCCUCUACACUAUCUCUUGGCUUGUCUAUUCCCAAUGCUCAACUGGAUUCGGCACACAAGUUGUUCAAUGAAGGGCCCUGUCAUGCUGACAUUGACAAUAAUUCUAAGCUGAACAAGGUUGUGUGGCGUGGGAAUGUUCCAAUUGCAGCUCUUACUACUCUCAACAGCAACUCUAGUGAUCUUAUACAAGAGCUACGACCACUGUCGUGGCCGUCGUUUGUGCAAAUCCAGAAAGGAGAUCAGCUUAAUGAUGAUUCCUCACUAGAAGCUUGUUGGGGUUUCUGCAUUACUAAAGCUCUGCUUGGGAAGACUAGAGAUUUUUCUUCCAGUUCAUGGAUGGAUUCUGUUCAGAAUAAGGGCAUGAUAGGAGUGCAUUCAGAGAAACCUCGAUUACCACUCCAAGGUAUAUAUAGAUUGCAUUACUUCACGAAGCCACAUGAGGGCAUUUGCUUCUUUCAUAUCAGUCUUCAUCAGCAUGCAACUAGCCUUGGUACUGAGCGUUCUUCACAAGCUCCGGCUGAGAUGACAUCUUUAUUUCGUGAGCUAUCUGCAAUUGGAAAUUUGGAGCAGAGUUUGAUGUAUGUGCAUGUUGCAAGGAAACUAGUUGAGGCAAACAGUUUAUGUUCUCAUGGAGUUCACUUAUCUAUGCAAUUUGAAAUUGGAGUACCUCUGAAUCAGUUUUUUAAAUUCCAAUCCAUUGAAAAUUCGAUGACUGAAGUGUUCUACAUGCUACUGGUUACUGAAUCAUACUUCUGCAUUACCUUUUGUUCUUGUUUAUGAUAUAUAUGAUGCAUUGAUGUGAAACUUGGUUACUGAAUUAGAAUGACUCUUGGUACUUGCGUUUU